AUGAGCAGCAUCCAAAGUACCCCACUUAAAAAGAAAAAAUCUAUUCUAUAAAAAAUAAAAACGUUCUUUAACGAUAUUCCUGAUCAAUAGAUUGCAAUUAUUAAUGAAGCAUCUUAAAGAAAGCCACCCCAAAUAAAAAAAGUAAAACCUAUAUAGAUAUGUAGUGUUAAUCCCUUAUAGAGUCUAGCUCAAAAAAUGAAUAAAAAGAUAUGAAACAUAAAUACUCUGAAGAAUUAAUAGAUGAGAUACUUGAUGUUAACCAAGUUGAAUUGGCAGAAUGA